GGGACUUUGGGGGUGUUCAGAUAUUGAUUGCGAGAUGGAAAAUCCUUCAGGCAUCUCUUCGACAUGUUCUUCCUGAUACUAAACUCUACGUACACUGUCAACAUCUAAAUCCUUUCUCUGUUACACCUUUAGAAAUCCCCAAGUCAUCGGUGGCUUACUAGCAAGACUACCAUGCUUAUUCCACAAUUUGACUCCACGUCAUCAUAUCGGGGGGAUGUCUCAGCCAACUUGCAGCAGGCACUGCCGGGGGGUGCAGCAGCUGGUUUCUCCGGCGAUACGAAUGAUGACUUGAAGCUCGAAUGGAUCAAUCCCAGCGUCGUAGUAGGCACAGUUCUGAUGGUUGUUGGUGAUAAGGCUGUCCAGGCCGCGUUGGCGCAGACGUCCGGCUUGUUGUUCACCCCGGUCUGCUUUUCCUUUGGAUGGGUCACGUACGCGCUCUCCGCUCUGAUGAGCGUCUACGGAGACGGAAGAUUGCUGCCGCCGCCAGACUAUGCGGUGAAAGUCUUCAAUCUCGAUUCUGGCUAUUAUCGAAACAACAGCAACUGGGUCAUUGCACGAAUCGUUAGGGACCACGAAUCAUGGAUGUCCUCCCAGGAAGACAAAAGUAAUAAAAGCAUCAGGAUCGCCAUUUUUGAGGCCAAGCCUAAUCCGCAAGGGGCCAACAAGUUUACCUAUAACAUCCUACACGUUAGGGGAGUCGUCGUGAUACUCAUUCAACUUGCAAUCGCGGCUAUUCCGGCGUUCAUCACCAAUGGUCGCGAAUGGGGGCCACUUGCUGUCACUUCCUUCGGAACUAUUUUGGCCUUGGCGAUGGGUGCAUUACCUCAAUGGUCUGCUGAGAAACUCCCGAAUCGAUCUGGCUCCAAGGCAACAUUCGCCCUGACUGCAGGCAAUGGGUCCAGGGACAUCAUGAUCAUCAAAGGUCAAGGAAAUUGCAUAGAUCUGGAGGAGAUGGCCGUCUCGGAAUCGCCAAAGAAAGGCCAACCUUGGACCAAAUUCCCCAGGUUCUCCUUUAUACGGAGGCACUCCUUCCAGCCCCGGGCCAAAGAGACGUUUGGUUUUCCACGAGGCUUUUUCAUCACAUAUGUUACGACUACAGUGAUUGCCGUCUUGUGGCUUUUCGUCAUGAUUAGUUUCGCCGGCAUGAACGAACACACCUGGGCUUUGAUCUUGGUCGGAGCCGUCGGGCUCUUCCACAACACCAUGCUCGGAAGCAUGGAAAGAGAUUCCAAGUAUAGAAACCUUCCCUUAACCCCUAUCGACACCAUCACGGCCCAUAAGGUCAUGGACGGGUUAAUGGAUCUGGAAAUUAAAAAAUAAUAUUAAAUACGCCGUAGGUGUUAACCCUCGGUACCUCUACAAGUACUCCCUUAAG